UUUGGGGAAAACUCAAAACUACUUUACAAAUGAUUAGUAUUAGUUUAUAUUUGUUGAAUAGAACAUAUCCUAUAUUUGGUUUAUUAUUGACUAGUCAAAUCACUUGUGUGAUGGCUACUGUAUUGAGUAUUUAUUCAGCAUGGCGUUAUGUGAUGACUAUGCCAUCCAGUUAGUUGAAAAUUGUGUGUCAUGGGAAACUGUGUUGUUGUGGGUCGUUCAACUCAAGAAACAGAUGGCCAACAUACAACACGUGGUAUAGUUGGUGGAUGGUUCAAAGGCAAGUCUAAAAAGGGUAGUACUGGCUCUACUUGGAACGGAAUUGUACAACUUCCCAAACCUUGGAAAGCAGAACCUCCCUUUGGACCAUUGACAGAAACGGAGUUGAAAAGAAUGAGAGAAGAAUUUUGGGAUACUAGAACAGAAGGUCGCCAAGAAAUGUGGCAAGCUUUAAAAGCUGCAGCAGAAACAACUGAAGAUACCUUGCGAAACGAAAUUGUAAAGGCAGCUGGUUUGACACCUGCAAACAGAGAAGCAACUUUAGAGUCGUGCUACGAUGAAUUGGGUAAUUACUAUGAAGUACCCGUAUAUUGUUUGAGAGAUCCCGACAACUUGGUUCGGUUGGAGGAGGAAGAUAAUAGUGAAAAGACUUCUCACGAAAGGGGGAAAAACGAGCGACUCUAACCUAAAAUACUUUACACAAGUGUGUGCACUUGAACUGCUUUAUUGUUAUUUCAAAUGGCUGAUAAACUCUUUCCAUUUUAUGGGAACCUUGCAGUUGAAGU